AUGAUGGAAAGAAUAAGAAAAGAGAUGAUUCUGAUGGAGAGAGGACUGCACAGCCCCACGGCCGGCAAAAGAUUCUCCAAUUUAUCCGAUUCGGCUGGCAAUGCUGUGCUCGAGGCCCUGGAAAAUUCGCAGCACCCGGCUCGCCUCAGCCCGCGCCUGCCGUCCGCCCCACUGCACGGUGCUCUGGGAGACCUCCCAGCCAAGGGCAAAUUCGAAAUAGACACUCUGUUCAACCUGCAGCACCCGGGGAGCGAAAGCACCGUCUCCUCCGAAAUUGCCUCCACCACCGAGAGCCGCAAGAAACCGGGCCAUUAUUCCGAGGCGGCCGCCGAGGCUGACAUGAGCAGCGACGUGGAGGUGGGCUGUUCGGCGCUGCGCUCCCCCGGCGGUCUCGGCGCCGCGCCGCUAAAGGAAAACAAUGGCAAAGGGUACGCGGAGAGCAGCUCGACCGCGGGCACCACGACGUCGGCGUCGGGCUCGGGCCUCGGUAGCCUGCAUGGAGGCGGCGGCGGCAGCGGGGGUGCGGCGCUGGGCAGCUCCGGCUCCGGCGCGGAUCAGGUGCGGCGCUACCGCACGGCGUUCACCCGCGAGCAGAUCGCGCGCCUGGAGAAGGAGUUCUACCGGGAAAACUACGUGUCGCGGCCCCGCCGGUGCGAGCUGGCCGCUGCGCUUAACCUGCCCGAAACCACCAUCAAGGUGUGGUUCCAGAACCGGCGCAUGAAGGACAAGCGGCAGCGGUUGGCCAUGUCGUGGCCGCACCCAGCCGACCCCAGCUUCUACACCUACAUGAUGACGCACGCGGCCGCCACCGGAAGCCUGCCCUACCCCUUCCACUCGCACGUGCCACUGCACUACUACCCGCACGUGGGUGUUACGGCGGCGGCAGCGGCGGCCGCAGCCUCUGGCGCAGCAGCUGCGGCGUCGUCGCCCUUCGCCACUUCCAUCCGCCCGCUGGACACCUUCCGCGCCCUCUCUCAUCCCUACUCGCGGCCGGAGCUGCUGUGCAGCUUCCUCGGCGGCAGCGCAGGGGCCGCGGGGGGCUCGGACUUUGGCUGUAGCGCUGCGGCGCCGCGCUCCGAGAGCGGCUUCCUACCCUACUCGGCCGCCGUGCUUAGCAAGACCGCCGUGAGCCCGCCGGACCAGAGGGACGAGGCCCCGCUUACCAGAUAA